CGCAUACAUUACCGGAGAUAUUGAUCUUCAUUUUUAUUAAUUUCACACAUUAUACUCAAAGAAUUUUGAGCAAUCAUCUCAUCAUAUAUAUUUUAUCAUUCAUCUGUGAAAAUAUGGGAAACUGUUGCAAGCCGGCAUCAUCAAUGGAGUGGGACGGCGAGGACUGGAGUGAUUUGACGUCCAAGAAGACGACCUCAAGCAAGGUAUUUGACGAAGGUCAUACUCAUGGUCAUGGGUUGAGUUUAGGGAAAGUACAGAAGGAGAAGCUUAUGGGAGCUCUAGGAGCUUCUCCUGAUGCCAAUGGGAAAGUGAAGAUAAAGAUUUCAAAACAACAACAGGUUAAUAAGAAGCAAGUAGGGCGAGCUUCUGCAGAACAAGUUCUGCUUCGCUUAAUAAACGCCAGAGAUCAUGAUACUCGUCACAGAUUGUGGAGGCCCGUGCUAGAGAGUAUUCCUGAGCUAGGUUAGUUGAUUGAUGAUGAUGAGAUCAACUAAUGGUGCUCAAGGGUUGCAUAUAAGUGUAGAGAGAUUGAGAAGGUUUUUAGCAUCAGUAAUUGUAUUUGUAUAGAACACCUAAGAAAUCCACCAUUCCCCCCCCCCAAAAUAGAGGUUGGAGGAUUUUUAAUUCCGUUCAUUGAUUUAUUGUAAAAUUGUACAUCUUACCUACUGCCUUUC